GCGCAGGUGAGUGGCCCGGGGGCGGUGGCCGAGGCCCUUCCCUCCCGUCCCUCCCACCGUCGUCCCCUCCGGGCGAGGAGGAGUCUACUGGCGUGCAGCGCCCCGACCUCCGCCUGCAGGCUGUCGGAAAUUGUCCUGGAAGCAAAUAAACAACAACAACAAAAAAAUAGUGUGACUAAAGCCUGUCAACAACCACGAAAAAUCCAAGGAUCCCUUUCAUUCUCUCUCCAUAUUGCCUGAUGGGAGGCAUUAUGGCCCCCAAAGACAUAAUGACAAAUACUCAUGCUAAAUCCAUCCUCAAUUCCAUGAACUCCCUCAGGAAGAGCAAUACCCUCUGUGAUGUGACACUGAGAGUGGAACAGAAAGACUUCCCUGCCCAUCGGAUUGUGUUGGCUGCCUGCAGCGAUUACUUCUGUGCCAUGUUCACCAGUGAGCUUUCAGAGAAGGGGAAGCCGUAUGUAGAUAUCCAGGGUUUAACUGCCUCGACCAUGGAAAUCCUGUUGGACUUUGUGUACACAGAGACCGUGCACGUGACGGUGGAGAAUGUCCAGGAACUGCUCCCUGCAGCCUGCCUGCUUCAGCUGAAAGGCGUGAAGCAAGCCUGCUGUGAGUUCUUGGAAAGCCAGCUGGACCCUUCUAACUGCCUGGGUAUCAGGGACUUUGCGGAAACUCACAACUGUGUUGAUCUGAUGCAAGCAGCUGAGGUUUUUAGCCAGAAGCAUUUUCCUGAAGUGGUGCAGCAUGAAGAAUUCAUUCUUCUCAGUCAAGGAGAGGUGGAAAAGCUCAUCAAGUGUGAUGAGAUCCAGGUGGAUUCUGAAGAGCCGGUCUUCGAGGCCGUCAUCAACUGGGUGAAGCACGCCAGGGAGGGGCGGGAAGAGUCUCUGCCGGACCUGCUGCAGUACGUCCGUAUGCCCCUGCUGACGCCCAGGUACAUCACGGAUGUCAUAGAUGCCGAGCCUUUCAUCCGCUGUAGUUUACAGUGCAGGGACCUCGUUGAUGAAGCAAAGAAGUUUCAUCUGAGGCCUGAGCUGCGCAGUCAGAUGCAGGGACCCAGGACAAGGGCGCGUCUAGGAGCCAACGAAGUGCUGCUGGUGGUCGGGGGCUUCGGAAGCCAGCAGUCUCCCAUCGACGUGGUAGAGAAGUAUGACCCCAAGACUCAGGAGUGGAGCUUUUUGCCAAGCAUCACUCGGAAGAGACGCUACGUAGCCUCAGUGUCCCUCCACGACCGGAUCUACGUGAUUGGCGGCUAUGAUGGCCGUUCCCGCCUCAGCUCAGUGGAGUGUCUAGACUACACAGCAGACGAAGAUGGGGUCUGGUAUUCUGUGGCCCCUAUGAAUGUCCGACGAGGCCUGGCCGGAGCCACCACCUUAGGAGAUAUGAUCUAUGUCUCUGGGGGCUUUGACGGAAGCAGGCGUCACACCAGUAUGGAGCGGUAUGACCCAAACAUCGACCAGUGGAGCAUGCUGGGAGACAUGCAGACGGCCCGGGAAGGCGCAGGCCUCGUGGUGGCCAGCGGGGUCAUCUACUGCCUAGGAGGAUAUGAUGGCUUGAAUAUCUUAAAUUCAGUUGAGAAAUAUGAUCCCCAUACAGGACACUGGACUAAUGUCACACCGAUGGCCACCAAGCGCUCUGGUGCGGGAGUAGCCCUGCUGAAUGACCAUAUUUAUGUGGUUGGGGGAUUCGAUGGUACAGCCCACCUUUCUUCUGUCGAAGCGUACAACAUUCGCACCGAUUCCUGGACAACGGUCACUAGCAUGACCACCCCGCGAUGCUACGUCGGGGCCACGGUGCUUCGGGGGAGACUUUAUGCAAUUGCAGGCUACGACGGGAACUCCCUGCUGAGCAGCAUCGAGUGCUACGACCCCAUCAUCGACAGCUGGGAGGUCGUGACCUCCAUGGGAACCCAGCGCUGCGACGCUGGUGUGUGUGUUCUCCGCGAGAAGUGACCGGUCCGACACAGUUUGCAGGGAACCAAGGAUCCUUUCCAGAAUGUCUGCUUCUCACUGUGUGCACAGGGUGAUUACAGGCACCAGUGCCGCGAUGAUUGUGCUUAUUUGACGCCCCUCGCACUGGUGGUUUUCCCCGAGGAGGGUGGGCUGCAGAUCCUCAGGGGAGGAGGCUGCACACUGAGUGGGUGUGGGAGGCCAGACCACCUCUCCUCCCGGCCGCGGGGGCACUCUCCCCUUGUUUCUGACUCAGCGUGCGCUUGGGAGAACAUACAUUUAAGUUGUGCCUCGCGUGUUGCAGAGAAUUAAGGUAUGAGCGCAGCGCCGGGGUGUGGGCGGUAUCCAGCCUCGAUCAUUGGAAGGGUACCAACUCUUGUUUCACAACAAUAAAUAUCUUUCCUAGUCUACAGGUAGCAGGGGCAACACAGUUCCGAUCUGGAGGGAAACAGAGGAAAGAGCCCUGUCAAAACUUUGGGGGCUGGGGACAGGGGGACAGGGUUGGCGUCAGAGCUGGGUGUAGAGUGUGGGAAGGGAGCUGGACGUGGUGGGAUGGGAGUGAACCUGCGACAGCCGGAAGGCUGAGGAGGGAGUGUUAUUUGAGGGUCUUUCCGUGGUCCCCUGGUACUUGUGGGUCCUGGGGACUGAGAGAGUGACAGAGCCAGCACAUGUUAGGUGAGCAGAGGUGGAGGAGAAUGGGCCUUCAGUGGGCCAGGGAUAAACCAGAAGUUCCUGUGAUUUCACAGUAGUCCUCCCUGCCGUGACUCAUCUAUACGGGGAAGGUCUUCCUCUGUUGAAGCAAGUGCUACUCACUCCACUGUUAUGCGUCCAUACUGUUUAGAGGGGGUGGGGGAGGGGCGGGGGGCAGCUGCCUAGAAGUUCAGCUGCCUCAUUACUCCCUCAUUCUUUUAAGAACAUACUUCUGCUAAGGUGUGGUUUUUACUGCUGUGUUUUGUACAUGUAGUUCUUUGCUAUUAGAAUCCCCCUUCCCUGUCUUUAAAGUGGAUUUUAUUCAUCCCAGGACAGAAUAAUCAACGACAACUAAACUCCUUUUGUUAGUUUCGGUACCCGCUGUCCCUCCAAGGCUCCCCUGUGCUGUGCAGUGACAUUCCUGCUCUGUGGGUAUUGGGAGUGUGGGGACGUGAUCACCUAAGGAAGGAUGCAUUUUCCCUUUGCUCUGAAAUUCCUUUUUUUCCUCUUUCCCUGAGUUGUACUGACCUCAAGUUCAUUUGUUUGUAUUUUUUUAAGAAAAUAUUGAAAAUCA